CUGAACCAGCAGCCGUCCAGUCAAGCACGCGACAACAUCUCCCACAACACUGCAACCAUGAGACUGCCGACACUUCUCGCCGGGCUGUUCGCCUGCCUCAUCACCGACGUCGCCGCUACUGCCCUGACUUAUAAGCUCGGUGCCAACGAGAAGGCUUGCUUCUACACUGCGACGAAAAAGGAGGGCGAGAAGAUCGCAUUCUACUUUGCCGUCCAAUCUGGAGGUUCUUUCGAUGUUGACUACAUUGUUGAGGGUCCCAAUGGCAAGAUCAUCAUGGACGGCCAGAAGGAGAGGCAGGGAGACUUUGUCUUCUCGGCCAACGUGGUUGGUGACUACUCGUUCUGCUUCGACAACGAGAUGAGUACCUUUGCCGAGAAGUAUGUCGACUUUGAGAUAGCCGUCGAGAACGAGGCCCGCGCCCAGCUGCCCUCGAAGCAGGGAACCACCCCAGAGCAGACUUCUGUCCUGGAGGAGGCCAUCUUCAAGGUGUCUGGUCAGCUCUCUACCAUCUCGCGCAACCAAAAGUACUUCCGAACCCGUGAAAACCGCAACUUUGCCACCGUCAACAGCACCGAGGGACGAAUCAUCAACUUUAGCAUGAUCCAGAUCGGCCUUAUCAUCUGUAUGGGUGCCCUUCAGGUGUUUGUUGUUCGGUUCUUCUUCCAGGGUGCGCGCAAGGGUUACGUAUAAAGGAUUCAAUGUACCAUAUACCAAGCUGGAUCUGGGUGUUAUGAGGCGCGAGAUCAAAAAGGAGGCGGAUACUGGAAAUGUUAUGUAUAAUCAAUGGAAACAUAGCUCACGGUCUGGCUGGGGAUUUACGUGGCGCCUGUUUUCGGCCCCGAGGCUGUGAUGUUCCAUGCUUGGACGAAGCCGAUGAAAGUUGUCAUGAUGCGCUUGAUUGGACUGCUAGAGAUAGCGAGGGUUGUUCUAAUAAUUGUCGAUGUGAUGGCAU